CACAAAAUAACAAUUAGUAUAGCAGCAUCAACAAGCGAAAAGGUUCAUCAGCUAAAUGCCAACCACUGCAGAAGUCGAGCAAUUAACAAAAUCAGUUAGAAAAACAUCGAUUGCCGACGAGGACUUUGUGGUACCGGGCAGUAACCUCGACCUUACGAUCUCAGCUGCUAUUGAUGAUUCAGAGAACUUGGAACAACUUGGUCCCGUUAUUAAGAAUAUUACAGAAACAGGAAAACAAGCAGCAUUUCUGGAAUCUUUAGAUGCCUUUAUUCGAAAAAAAGAUGGUGAAAUCGAACGAAUGUGCAAUUCACAUUAUCAAGAAUUUGUACAAGCAGUCGAUCAACUAUUAAAAGUUCGACAAGGUUCAGUAGAAUUGCGUAAAAAGUUGGGAGAGGUGAACCAAGCGUUACAGACGAGCGGUACAAAGAUGGCUCAAAGGAAAAAAGAGUUGAACAAUGCAAGGAAAGUGCAACAAAAUGUAGAAGAUGCCAUUGAAGCGAUACAAUCUAGUUUGAUUGUCUUAAAAUCAGCCAAUAACGUAAAUGAUAUGUUGGAGAAAAAGAAUUAUUAUACAGCAUUGAAAACUCUGGAUGGAUUAGAAAACGAUCGAUUGGGACGAGUACAGCAAUUUACUUUCACAAAAAUGCUUUCAAAAAGUGUGCCUGUGAUGCAAAGUAAUAUUAAGAAUACUGUAACGAUUGAAUUGAAAGAAUGGCUGGCUAGAGUUCGUGAAAUAUCCCGAGAAAUUGGGAAUUUAGCAAUGCAAAGAAUGCAAGAAAGACAAGAAAGAUGGCGAACGAAAACGACCGAGAAUCCGAAACUAAAAAACCUACAACAUCAUCAAGUUAACUCUGCUAUUGAAAUGGUUGUUAAUGAAGGUCUAGAAACUAGUAUAUUGGAUGAGGUCAAUAUCGAUUUUGAGCCCCUAUACAGAUGCAUCCAUGUCUAUGGUACGCUAAACAAGCGCGCCGAGUUUAAGACCUCCUAUUCCGAAGAUAGAAGAGCACAAGCAAACUUGGCUCUUUCAACACCAAUCAAUUUACGUGAUGGAAAUAUGGCAACAUUUGAUAACUUAUUGCAAGACAUCGUCGGCUUCUUUAUUAUUGAGCAUCUGAUUCUACAUAAUACAACUGACUUUAGAAGUCAAGCAGAAGUAGACGGGCUAUGGGAGAUGGUGACAAGCAAGGUUAUCUUGGUCGUAUCAGAAAGUCUAAAAGGCUGCAAAAAUCCAGAACUCUUUUUAAGGAUCAAAUUCUCGUUACUGGUGUUCAUCCAAACAUUGGAAGGAUUUGACUACUCUGUAAAGCCCCUUCAAGAGACACUCAUUACGUUGUUCCAACGCUAUUCAGAAUUGCUUAUUAGUCAAUACAGUGAGGUGUUUGAAAAGAUUGUUCAGGAAGAUGAGUGCAUGCCAAUGACUGUAGAAAAUGAGCAAGAAUUACAAAAUGUAAUGCAAUAUACCCGGUUUAGACCAGAUCGCGAAUUCAUCAAGCGAUAUGGAUUUCCACUUCGAUUACCCUUUUCUAAAGUAUUCCCAACCUGCUGCCGCGAUGUCAGUCAUUUUGUUCAUCAGUUCUAUCAAUUUGCGGAAGGGUUUAGUCAGACACACGGCGAGAUGGAUGAUAUACUUAAAAAGGCUGUUGAUAGUCUUCUAAUAGAUAAAGUCAACAACAUUUUACUUAAAAAACUCGAAUCAACUAAUUUGUCGCAAAUAGUACAGAUCAUUAUCAAUAUCGAGUAUUUUGAAUCCACCUGUCCCGACUUUGAAAUGCUAUUGAUGGAUACUCGAUCCUUUCAUCGUUCGGGACACAUUCAUUUGAAGGCAACAAAAACUUUUCAAGAUACCCGUCGAAAGGCUGAAAAACGCGUGUUUGAAUUGGUCAAUGCCAAACUAGAUGAAUUUUUAGAAUUGUUGGACUAUGAUUGGGAGACGCAGGAGAUACAAAAUAGUCCUAGCUCGAAUUUGCAGGAUCUGGUCACUUUUCUAACCAAUGUCACUAAUGCUGCUUUGCUCAAUUUACCAGAAACUAUCAAGAGUUUAUUGUACUUUGAUGCGUUGGAGCAUUUAAGUCAAGCCAUGAAGGGACUGUUGUUAGAUACUGAUCAGCGAUAUAUGACAGAAAUUGCAUUAUGCAACUUUGAUACGGAUGUCCGAUUUGUAGAAGAGUUUGUACGUGCAUUAGGUGAUCCUACUGUGAUGGAUACAUUUGUAGAACUGCGUCAACUAUUGGAUUUGUCUCUUUUGUCUGAUAAUCUUGAAGAGUAUUUAACGCCUCAGGUGCGAAAUAGAAACUACAACAGAAUCAAUAGCAGUGAUGUUAUCAUAUUAUUUGAGAAGUAAGUUUUUUUUUUGUUUUCUUGCUUUUUCUUCGAGGUGUUUGUAUUGUAGCAUUCAGUUAGACUAACCGUAACGGUCAUUUUACAUAGAAUUUUACGUACACCCUUACCAAUGAAUGCCAUGCUAAGUCAAAAGGAAAAGUUGAGGCGUAAAGGAAUGGAAAAUGU